AUGGCGGAAAUGGUUGUUGCUGUUGGCUAUACAGAACAACAGGCAAACCCAGAACGUAAAAACAGAGAAAAAGUUAUAAAUGAUUUUAGUGUAAUAAGAACUGAUGAAAAGGAAACAAGCAAUGGAACAAGGAAAGAUAAGAACAAUGAAAGGAAAAAAGCUAAGAGAAAUCCAUCAGGAAGGUGCUUUACUCAUGGAUUCCAUUUGGUCAAAGGAAAAAUGAAUCAUGAAAUGGAAGAUUAUGUUGUAGCAGAAACUAGAAGAAUGAAAGGUGCUGAAUUGGGGUUGUAUGCAAUCUUUGAUGGACAUUCAGGACGUGCUGUUCCAAAAUACUUAGAGAGCCACUUAUUUGACAACAUAUUGGAUGAGCCUGGUUUCUUGAUGGAUAUGAAAAGUGCAAUCCGAAGAGCAUUUGGGAUAACUGACGAUGAGGUUUUAGAGAGAGUAGGUGGUCGGCGGGGUGGUUCAACUGCAGUAACGGCAAUUUUGAUCAAUGGGGAGAAGUUGGUUGUAGCCAAUGUGGGAGACUCUCGUGCAGUUCUAUGCAAGAAAGGUGUGGCCAAACAGCUAUCUGUGGAUCAUGAGCCACAAAAAGAGAAAGAUGCCAUUGAGAGCAAGGGUGGUUUUGUAUCCAAAAAACGAGGGAAUGUGCCACGAGUUGAUGGACAACUUGCAAUGUCAAGGGCAUUUGGAGAUGGAAGUUUAAAGGAACAUAUAACUUCAGAACCAGAUAUCAUUAUUGAGACCAUAGGUAUGGAUGUGGAGUUCAUCAUCCUAGCUAGUGAUGGUUUAUGGAAGGAAGUUAUUUGUCCAAGUAAGUGUUUUCUGGGAAAUAUUAUCAAAAUAAAUGCAUUUGUCCAAGUGAUCUCCAACCAAGAGGCAGUGGACUGCAUAAGAGACAUGAAUGACUCUCAAGAAGCAGCUGAGCAAUUGAUUGAAGAGGCUUUAUCAAGGAACAGCCGUGAUGACAUCUCAUGCAUUGUUGUAUCAUUCCUUUGA